UCAAGAAAGCAAUAAACCUUUCUUUAGAUAUUUCUCCUUCUUUUCAGUUUCUAACAAUGGGGAAGAUCGUUAUGGUCAUUUUAUGGGUGAUGUCUACUGCAACGGAACUAAUGCUCAAGAAAGGAUUUGCAUGGUAUUACACAGCCUAUGACCACCGCUUACAGCUUGAUUGGGAAAAAGAAGCUCGAGCAAAGCGAGUUGGUUUAUGGGCUUCUUCAAAUCCUCAGAAGCCAUGGGAAUAUAGAAAGGAUAAACGAGAAGGCAGAUAACACUUUUUUUCCCCAUCGGAUACAAGUAAUCUUCUGCUACAUUAACCAUUUGGCACAUGUGGAAUUUAAAUGCUGUCCUAACUUUGACUCAAGACUAGGGUUCCACAGCUGAACAGAGAAAGAAACUGCAGAUUCAUCU